AUGUCCACUGAGAACCCAAAUUACAACGUUGGCGGCACAGCCAAAGAUGGUGGCUUGUCUACCGCUGACACUGUUGCCGAUGGAGAUAUCGAUGGCGGAAACCGACCAAGUGAUGGUGCAUAUCAGCCUGAUGUUGAAGACAGAGCGGCUCCCAAGGAGACCAGGAGCAAAACUGCGCAAAAUGUAGCAGAUGAUUCGAAGCAGGAGAAGACGGGGGGUGAAGCACAUGUUGGGAAUGAGAAUUAUGGGGUUGGAGGUGUUCGCAUGGAAGGUUCGCUGACGUCUCGUCUCAUCUCAUCAGACACAGUCGCGGACGGAGGUCCCGAUGCCCCGGAAGAAGAUGAAGAUUUCAAGCCUUGA